CUGAUGGCAGGGAGGGGCUCCAGUGGGAGGCAGCCAUGUGGUGAACAUUGAGCUCAGUGUUUCCCCCCCUGCUUCUCUCCUCUCCAGACAGGCAAAAUUGUUCUGUGCUGCCGUGGAUGUGAAGUCCUCUCCGUGCUGCUUCUCCCCCAGAAACUCCCAGGGCCUUGAAUUUUCAGCCCUCAAAAAAAAAAUAAAAAAUAAAUAAAAUCCAUCAGGCUGGAUCUGGAUGGAAGAUGGAGCAGGGGGUGGAUAGCAGGAGGGAAGAAAGAGUGAAGUUGGUGAUUUUUCUGGCACAUGGAUGCAAUUACACUCGGUGCAUUCCAGAGGCGUUCCUGUGAACGCUCUGCAGGUCUGCCUGCCGUCCUUGGGAGAGAGGAAGAAAAAGGGAGGACAAGUCCCUCGUGCUGGGAGACGGAAUGUCUGCAUUUCCAAUCCUCUUCUUAGCUUCCUGUUCCAUUUGGCUCGGCGAGGCCCAGACCGAGUUCAAGAGGGUGGCGGAGGAGAACGUGACCCUGCCCUGCCACCACCGCCUGGGGCUGCUGGAGCAGGGCAGCCUGGACAUCGAGUGGCUGCUGCACAUCUCCGAGACCGUGCAGAAAGCGGUGAUCACCUACUCUGGGGGCCGGGUUUAUGAUGACCUGAACGAGGAGCAGAAGGGCCGUGUGUCCUUCACCUCCAACUUCCUUGCUGGAGAUGCAUCCCUGCAAAUCAUCUCCCUGCAGUCCAGCGACGCGGGGAAAUACAUCUGCAAGGUCAAGAACGCCGGCCAGUACGAGUGGGCUCGCAUCACCCUCAAGGUCGUGGAGAAGCCCUCCAAGCCCAAGUGCUGGCUGGAGGGGGAGCUGCUGGAGGGGAAGGAGCUGUCGCUGCAGUGCCGCUCGGCCUCGGGCACGGCCCCCAUCUCGUACCGCUGGCAGCGCCUCGGCGAGGAGGACGAGAGAGCCGAGCCGCUGCCGCCCAGCUCCAGAGUCAACAUCUCGAACCCCGGGCAGGUGCUGCUGAAGAACCUGACCCAGAUGAGCACGGGGCUCUACCAGUGCGUGGCCACCAACGAGGCGGGGCAGGAGAGCUGCGUGCUGCAGGUGACAGUGCAGCAUGCGCAAAACAUCAGCAUGAUCGCCGGGGCGGUGUGCGGAGUGGCGGUGGGGCUCUCCCUCCUCUUCCUCGUGGUGAGGCUGACCAUCAGGAGGAAAGAAAAGAAGAGAUACGAGGAAGAGGAGGCGCCCAACGAAAUCAGGGAAGACGCCGAGGCACCCAAGGCCCAUCUGGUCAAGCCCAGCUCCUCCUCCUCGGGCUCCCGCAGCUCCCGCUCGGGUUCCUCCUCCACCCGCUCCACAGCCAACAGUGCCUCCCGCAGCCAGCGGACUCUGUCCACAGAAGCCACCCCUCACCUGACCCCACCCCAGUACAGCCAGCGGCAGCUGGACAGGAAGGAAGAACCCAAAAAAUCCGAUUACAACCACCUGGUGAAGGUGGCAGUGCCAGCGAUGGUGCCCGCGCAGAGCCGCGCCUUCCAAACCGUGUGAGCAUCCCCGGAGCAUCCCCUGCCGCUCCUCACGGACAUUCCCGGACUGUCGCAGCACCGGGGACAUUCCCAAAUUGUCACAGCACCGGGGGAUCGCCAAAAAUCCUCACAGCACCAGGGAAAUGCCUAAAAUUGUCACAGCACCGGGGGAUCGCCAAAAAUCCUCACAGCAUCGGGGGAAUUGCCAAAAAUCCUCACAGCACCGGGGAAUCGCCAAAA